GACGCAAUAGUCGAUCAGCUUUCAUCACGUUUCGAGCAUCGUUUCCGGUUUCCCGUAGAAAAUCGAAGGAUCGCGAAAGUUUUGCUCGAGCGUCGCUUCCUCCACGUUUUCCCGCGAAGCCACGCACGUGUUUUCCGAGGCGUAGCCGCACCGGCGAUCAAAGUCAUACGGGAAGGGGGGACGAGACGCGAGGGAACAGUUUCGAAACGCAUUUUUUUUUUUCUUUCAAGAGAUUACGGGAAAAAUCUUAGUAGGUUUCCGAUUUUUCUUUACGCACGAAAUUACGUGAAAGAGCGAGGAUUGAUAGUGCAGAGCCAUGCGGCGGGUAUCGACGCGUGCGGUGUGUGUGCGUAAACGGCGCGUCGAUUGCGCAUUUCGAAGAUGGCCAUUUUGGCGGGUGACGUGUUGCGUGCGCGCUGCCGAGCGGCCAUAACACGUAUUCGCGGCGUGAACGACGUGCACGUCACUCCGUCGUAAUGAGAAGUCCGCGGUUACGUGUACGCGACCAUGAUGAACACCUAGGGCCAAAUGAACGUCAUGGAAUGUCGAGGAAACUCGAUGGACGAACGUACCGGCUAGACGGUGGACUCGCAGUCGCACAGGUCGCACUCGUCGCGUACGAUUGCUAGAACACGCUAAGAGGGCGAGGGAGAGGGGGCAAGGCACUAUGGGAGCAAUUUGCGACAGGCGCAUGCGCAGAUCAGUUUACAGUUGGAGCUUGAAAGAAAAUGGCGUCAGCUAAGUUUCUGGAGGAAGCUCUGAGCACGGAUGUCGAUGAAUCCGCAGUGAACGCGAUAGUGGGCUCCCUCGAGACGCAGCUUGUGACGUCCGCGCCGACUGUCGCCGGCCAUCAAGUGAGUUCCGCAUCGGUCAGCCAGCAGAAUCACCAGGUGAACAGCGCUAUUUCCAACGGGGGCACCAUCACCGCGGUACAGCCACAGAAACAUGGGGUUUCGAACGGCGGCGGUGCGACUACCGUGAAUAGUCUAAUGACUCAGGAGGUCACCAAGUCGAUUACUACCAGCACUCUGCUGCCCGUGAACGUGGUUACCUCGAACACAGUGGCGCCACAGGUCAUCACCACGCAGCAGCAGCAGCCGCCGCAGGUACAGCCACAGCAGCAGCAGCACACACAACCGCCAGGAAUAUCUCCCGCUACCUAUAUCAAUCAAGUGACGACUAAUCAGGUGUCCGGUAAUCAGACUACACACAUACCAAGUUUGACCAAGACGCACGAACCAGUGAAGCUCAUCUAUCCCACAGUCGGACAAGUUAUUGCCACUACGGGGGUGGCAAAUGCUAAUAAUAAGCUCUCCUUUCCCGCUCAAACUGUCGGGCAGUUAGCAAACGGUACUUUAGGUAUAACGUCGCAGGCAGUGCUGCAGACUACAGCGAACGUUGUUACCAAUGUUGGCUCUGUUAGCCAGGCAGCGAGCCAAACAGUGACCGCAGUGAAUAAGCCAACAGGGGCAGCUUUAGUGAUCAAGACAAGUGUAGCGCCUGGCAUGGUUUCCGUUCCAAUGUCUGUACCGGUCUCUGUGGCUGGCAAUGCAGUCAGCACAGCGUUGCAGGCUAAGGGUGGGGUUACUUCGACGAUAGUACCCAGUAAUGUUCAAAUCCUUAAUGUAAAUACGAUGCGUCCUGCAACGCCAGUAGCGGGUCAGCAAGCUAAUAAACAAGUUACGCCAAGAGUGGUGAUUGGGCAACACCAAUUGGUUGGAGCUAGAGCUGGAGGUCCAGGGAUAACGUUACAGGCACUUCAUAGCCUUCAAGCUGGUGCUCAAGGGCAUCUGUUAUUAAAAACAGAAAAUGGACAGUACCAGUUACUAAGGGUGGGUCCAGCUCCAACUGCGGGUACUCCCACUGGUACUGCAGUUACACCAAAUAGUAUAACUGGCAAUGCAGUAGUUGCUGCACCAUCUCCAGGCACUACGUACCGCCUAACUUCAGUGCCGACUGUAAGUAGGCUGAAUACUCAGUUCACUGGUCCACCACUCGCCACCCUAAGAAAAUCUGUUCAGACUGUUGCUCCUACUAUCACUACAUCUACUACAACCCCAGGAACAGUGACUACUGCACCCACAACUACUUCUACACCAACGGCUACCACUGUUCAAACAGCUCAAACUUCUACACCGCGUCAAACUACUGAUAAUACCAAAGAAAAGUGCCGUAAAUUCUUAGCAAACUUGUUAGAGUUAUCUAGUCGAGAGCCUAAAGCAGUGGAACGCAAUGUUCGAACUUUGAUACAAGAACUGAUUGAUACUAAGGUCGAGCCAGAAGAAUUUUGUGACAGACUUGAAAAAUUAUUAAAUGCUUCACCACAACCAUGUCUCAUUGGAUUUUUGAAGAAAAGUUUGCCUCUUUUACGGCAAUCACUUGUCACGAAGGAAUUGGUCAUAGAGGGAAUAAAGCCGCCUCCAGCUAAUGUUGUUUUUUCUAUAGCGUCGGCUGUUCCAACUAUUACGCAACCACAAUACAGACCUGCAGUAGCAGUGGCAGAAACAGCAGUAACGACAGCAACAGUUGUUACAACAACAGUUCCACGACCUGUUCAAAGUAUUCCACAGAGGCUGGUUCGACCAGUAACGACGGUGGUUCGGAGCCCUACCGCAGCAUAUACAGUGAAAUCGACAGUAGCAACAACUGGAAUUCGCCCCACUGCCCCUGUUGUGCAAAAACCACCUAUAAUUACAACCACAGUUGUAAAACCAAUCACUACUACGCAAGGAAAAACACUCAAUACCACCACUACUGUUAAUAAAGCCGUAGUGCCUUCUCUUGUUCAAAAACCGGCUGCGAAGGAGAAAGAGAAAAAGACGUUUUCAUCAGCAGGAUAUACGGCGGAUGAUGACAUAAAUGAUGUAGCAGCUAUGGGUGGUGUUAAUCUUGCGGAGGAAUCUCAAAGAAUACUCGGUUCUACGGAAUUUGUUGGUACCCAGAUACGAUCUUGUAAAGAUGAAGUAUUUUUGCACAUGACACCAUUACAACAAAGAAUUAAACAAAUUGCAUCCAGUCAUGGACUGGAAGAACCCAAUCAAGAAGUAGCAGCAUUAAUUUCGCACGCUGUUCAAGAAAGGUUAAAGAAUUUAGUAGAAAAGUUAGCAGUCAUCACAGAACAUAGGAUAGAUCUUAUAAAGGUCGAUCCUAGAUAUGAAGUAACACAAGAUGUAAGAGGACAAUUAAAAUUUUUGGAAGAUCUAGAUAGAAUCGAACGUAGGAAACACGAAGAACAAGAACGGGAAUUACUUUUACGUGCUGCAAAGAGUCGUGCAAAAACAGAAGAUCCCAAGCAAGUAGAAUUAAAAGCUAAGGCCAAAGAGAUGCAACGCAUAGAGAUGGAACAAUUAAGGACAAGGGAUGCGAAUAUAACAGCUUUGCAAGCAAUUGGCCCUCGUAAGAAGCCUAAACUCGAUACGGCAGGAUCGACCAACAGCACUCCUAGCGCAAAUGCAUCAGUGAGCGGAUUAAAUAGGCAAAUGCCCAUGAGACCACGUUUGAAGAGAGUGAACUUCAGGGAUUUGGUAUUUCUUCUCGAGCAAGAGAAAGAAACAUGUAGAAGCACAACACUGUAUAAAUCGUACUUGAAGUGAUGCACUGUGAAGGGCAGGAACUUUAGUGACCCGCCCAAAAUCUGGCGCUCUAUCUGCAUGGUCUUGUAUGAGCUGGCCUCGAUGGAUCGUGCGACGUUAUUUUACGUUGCAAUGUAUAGUAAGUUAUUGCAAAUUGCAUAUUACUGCAAAGAAAAUUAUUGGGAAUUGGCUUGGGAUUUUGCGUAUAUUCAAAGUAAAAUUGUUUCCAUCAUGUCGAUACUAAGCUUCCCUAUUGUAAAUGACUGAACAUUUUUUAACUGUAGCAUACGUUUUUUAAAUGUAACAUAAUAGAUCGCUCUUUAUUUUUCAACACAAAAUCGCAUCGAUGAAAAGAGUAAUGUGUAUGAGCACAUGUCUCGUGAUUAGUCUCUACAUAGUCCUUUCGUGGUGUGUAUGAGAGAGAGAAAGAAAAAAGAGAGAAAAUCAUGUAUGUGUGACCAUAGAAAUAUUGUUACAUAAUGAAUGUGUGAAUGUACAUUAAAUGAAUGAAUGUCUUGUCACUAUGUGUAGGUUCGCUGCAUUGUAAUACUUGACCUAUACUUUUGGACACUGUAGCGCUAGUGUAAAAUAAGCAGGUUUUGUUAUAAUAGUAAAUCGUAUUUUUGCAAACUAUAAUGUAAUAAUAAUACCGCGAGCACACUGUCCAAAAAGUAUGGAAUAAUUUGUACAAUAUCUUACACAUAAUUACUAAAUAGUGAUAAUUUCAAUGUUGGUACAACAGAAUAUAGCUACUCUCCACCGGAAGUUGGAAUUGUUAUCAGUA